AGUGAGGAGGGGGAGGUGGUGCAGGAGAUAGUGGAGACGGUAAUAGGGGAGGAUGGGGAGGAGUAUCCUGCUGUGGUUGUGGAGGAGGUGCCCAGUGCCCAGGUGGAGCAGUGCUACGCUGCCCAGGUGCUGGUCUACGACGACGGGACCUACCUGAUGCAGGACGUGGGAGACGAGCAGGAGGUGGUCACAGAGGUGGUAGAGACAGGUGAGAGGGCUGCAGGGAGAGAGGGAGGGGGUACAGGGUUGGACAGUGACGUAUUUCUGCAGUGAGAGGUUGGAGGGUUUGGGUAGUGUCGAUAGAGAGAGAGAUGUGCAAGGAUUGGAUGCUUAGUAAUCGCUUUAGAGGGAGGCAAGAGGAGUGUGGGUGUUAGACUUUUCAACAUAUCAUACCAACUUAGCUCCUUAAGAGUUGACAUUGCCACUGAGAGUAGUAGUGGGACAGUAUUGUUUCCUUCCAGGACCAUCUCAAGAAGGACAUCUGGUGGUGUAUGAGCUGAGCCCAUUGGAAGAGUGACAGAAGCCAUUGAGGCUUGAGGGAGGGGACAGUUUUAUUGGUUGUUGACCAAUGACCACCCUAAAGAUAUAACUACUUCUGUAGGCAGUUGUUGCUAUGCACAACCAAACAUGGAAUGGGAGGAGGGUCCUAAAGGGAAAAAGUGUAGUGAAUGAGUGUGAUAGAGUGUCUCCAACAAGGAUAAAGGCUACAGUUUACUACCCUUUUCUCAAAAGUACAGGUUUACUCUGCCUCACCCCUACUUUUUACUGAAAGGCAACAGCUGUCUUGCCCAGCUAACUACUUCCAAGGGGGAUUGGUGUCUGCGGUUAUAGGACCCCAGCCAUAGGGAGAUAUGGUUGAAUAAUCAUUGAAACAAACUAGUUGAAUGAACAUUAAAUUGACUUGAAAUGUAGAAUGGAUUUUCACUUCUCUAACCUCUCUCCUUCCUCCUCUUCCCUCAUCUCUCCUGUGUUGUCGUAGUAGAGGUGUCAUCACACGGGGGCAUGGUGUGCUUUGAUAAGACCUUCGAGGCGGCCGAGGCCCUUCUUCACAUGGAUUCCCCCAGCAGUUUCCAUGGAGACCGCAACAACACAGGUAACCAUUCAACCCCUCCCCCACUGGCCUUGCUGGGGAUUAGGCAUUAUAAGUGGGUAGGCCAUGAUGCCGACUGAAUUUGUGUGUGUAACCUGUGUCAGUUCAUUCUACCACUAAGUUUGUUUUAUUACCAUUUGCCAGUCUGAGUUGAAUCAUCACUGCUCUGUGGUUAUAAUAAUGAGAACUAUUGUCUCUCUGUGUGUGUCUCAGUGGAGGACGUGAUGAUGGAGACUGUGGUGGAGGUGUCUACAGAGUGUGAGCCCAUAGAGGAGGACAGCUUCCCUAUUCCCCCUGACUACGAGCCUCCCUCUGCCAAGAAGAAGAAAGGUCUGCCUCCGACACAACCAAAUGCUUUCGUACUAUCUGUCUCUGUGUUGGUCACCGUUUCCAACCCAGUAUUAAAAGUUAAGUUGUAUAUUAUAUAAAGUGUGCUAAGUUGUUUGGUCGGUUUCCUUGCAGGGGGAAGGAAGUCGAAGAUACAACAGCCUCAGCCUGACACCAACUGCACCAUUGACCUGGGGAUCAGGAAGAGACCCAGAGAGGGAAAAGGUACCCCACACAGCAGGGGCUAGGGUUUGUCAAGCCCGUGAAGGGAUGCUUCUCUACGUAGAGCAACUCAAGCUAGCAACUCACACUCAAGCUAGCAACUCACACAGGCUGAUUCAGUAAUCCUCUGUAUGAAUGAUGUUGGUCUUCUCUCUCCCGCUGUCCUCCAGGGAGCACCACCUACCUAUGGGAGUUCCUGUUGGAUCUCCUCCAGGACAAGAACACCUGUCCCAGGUACAUCAAGUGGAUGCAGCGGGACAAGGGCAUCUUCAAACUGGUGGACUCCAAGGCGGUGUCCAAACUAUGGGGCAAACACAAGAACAAACCUGACAUGAACUACGAGACCAUGGGCAGGGCACUCAGGUAACCACGGGAUUCUAUUCUAUUUGAUAGCCAUUUCCUCACUAUAGUUAGUGAGUAAGGCUGACUGUUGUCGACCCAACAUAUCUUUACUACUUUUAUGCUAAGGAAUGACUAAUGACAUUCUAGAUUUGGGCUAGAAUGUCUGUUUUAAAAUGCAUGCGUUUAACCCUUUUAAAGUCACCUUUUCAAAAUACAUGCUAGGGUGUGACACUUGUGUUAAAUGACAUCUUGGGUGUUAAAUGACAUCUUGGGUUGUAUUUCUGCAAGUAUUCUGAGUGUAAGUGCAGUCGUCUGACUGGUAUGGUUGUCCCUGUCCAGGUAUUACUACCAGCGGGGGAUCUUAGCCAAGGUGGAGGGUCAGAGGCUGGCCUACCAGUUUAAAGACAUGCCCAAGAACAUCAGGGUGAUCGACGAUGACAGGGAGGAGGAGGAGGAGGGGGAGGGGGAACCCUCUGAGCACCACCUUGCGGUCCAGACCCUGACCCUUGACCCUGCCACCUCCACCCAGACACAGCAGAGCUACGUCACCGUCAUCCCCACCGCGUCCGGCAACAGGUGAGGCAUGAUUAGUCAUGAAAUAAUUCAAGUGCUAUUUAUAAAUAAUGUAGUGUUAGGGGCAGAGAUGCUCUCUCUGUCUACAUCUUCAUACAAAUGCACAGUGAACUCAUUUGGAAGGUUCAUGAAUAAAUCUGUUUUUGUUUCUGUUUGAUGUACAGGACCAUGCGUUUGGCCAUGCCCAUGGUCAUGACGACGACGCUGGGUCAGAUGACCCUCAACCCUUCCACCGUCUUCACCACCCAGGCCCCCAUCACCCUGGGCAACGCCCACGCCGGCGGGCCCAAGCUGGUGAUCCAGACCUUACCCACCAUGAUGCCCGCCGGGGCCAAGAGCGGAGAGAAGAUCACCAUCAUCACCAUCCCGGCGGCCCAGCUAGCUCAGCUAACGCAGGGCAAUCUCUCAGCCCAGCUCUCAGGCCAGCUAGCUCAGCUCAUACAGGCCAAACCUGUCACCCAGCUCAUACAGGCCAAACCAGUCACCCAGCUCAUACAGGCCAAACCAGUCACCCAGCUCAUACAGGCCAAACCAGUCACCCAGCUAGUGCAGGCCAAACCAGUCACCCAGCUAGUGCAGGCCGAACCAGUCACCCAGCUAGUGCAGGCUAAACCCGCCACGCUCCAGAUAACGCAGAAACCAGCCCCUCCGCUCAUACUUGCAAAGCCUGUGACGCAGCCCCCCACCCAGCAGCCACCUGUGGCCUCCCCUGUAGGUAAACCCCAGCCCCCUCCCUCCACCAGCAUCACCACCCCUGUACCAACCCCCACUACACCCCCUGUAAAAGAGGCCAUCUCACCCCCCACAGCCCUCCCAGACUCCACCGCGUCCCCCCCUUCAGCGAGCACGGAGCCCUCCCAGUCCAGCCCGAAGGACCCCUCUGCCUCGGAGUCGGCACAGAACCCAGUGGCCCCUGAAUCUUGA